AGACGAAAAACAUCCCAACAAUGUCAGGAGCAGAACCAAUUGAUUUAGAAGACAGGGAUCCUAAUGGAAUAAACUCUCAUCUAGGGACCCUUCAUUUCAACGAUGUGAUUGGAGAGCCAGAUGGUACCCACAGUAUUGACUGUGCCUACAAGCUCUCACACACCUGCUUCAAUUUGUGGAAAGGCUGCCUCUACAAGCUCCUGACAUUCUACCUGGGAUGCUGCAUAGCCGCCGAGUGGGGCUGUGAAUUUGCCCUUAUCUCCUUCUCCCAUGUGUGGUUCAUCAGUCCAUGCGUGAAGGUUUGCGAAAUCAACUGCGGACUUUGCCAGAGGCUGUAUGCUAACUGCAUAAACUGCUGCAUCGUGCCAUACUGUGAGGCAGUUGGAUCAGUGUUCCACCAUUUUAAGAGAACCUAAUGAUUUUGGUCUAUUCCUCUUUAUGUAACUGCAAUGAAAUUGCAAUGAAUGUUUUGUUUCCU